AACCCGGACCACUUCGAGCUAUCGCCUCGCCCCUCUGCACGCUUCCUUGUCAUCAAGUCCUUUACCGAGGACGAUGUACAUCGAUCUAUUCGUCACGGUAUCUGGGCCUCUACUGACAAGGGCAAUCAGCGACUGGAUAGGGUCUUCAAAGAGUGCCAAGAAGCAGCGAAGGCCGAGACUGACAGUGGUACCAGUGAAGUCGCUGCGGGAGAUGUACCUCCCGGGCACGUCUACCUGUUCUUCUCUGUCAAUGGCUCGGGCCAGUUCUGUGGUAUGGCGCUCAUGACAUCUUCCGUCGACUUUGAGACAUCUUCGUCCGUCUGGGCUCAGGAAGGCAAGUGGAAAGGUCACUUCAAGGUGAAGCACAUUUUCGUCAAGGACAUCCCCAAUAGGGAGCUACGUCAUAUCAAGCUCGAGAACUCUGUGGAGAAUAAGAGUGUGACGCAGAGUAGGGACACGCAGGAGUUGGGGAGGAGCCAAGGUGAGGAGAUGCUGAGGAUCUUCUAUGGGUAUCCCAGCAGGACGAGCUUGCUGCAUGACAUGGACUUCUAU